AUGUUCUCAUUUGUGUUGGUAGCAUUGGCCAUCAUUGGCAUGGUCGCCACCCAACCACCGCCACCGGAUGCGUCCUGCUUUCAGCCGACCACGGUAACAGCCGAUGACUGUUGCAAACUGCCGAAACCGAUCGAUUCGGCGGUGAUGGACAAGUGCAAGGCGAAUAAUCCACAACCCGGCCAAAUGCCAGCACCAGGCGUACCACGUACGGAGGGUUGUUGCAUAAUGCAGUGCGCCAUGACCGAAACGGGUGGGUUCGCGAACAAUGCGCUCAACACGGACGCGAUCAAGAAAUCGAUGGCCAGUACGUUGGGUGCGGACCCAAACUUUGGUUCGCUCGUUAACGGAGCGGUUGACACCUGCGCCCGACAGAUCCAGAACGAUCCCGCCUACAGUGUGGCACCGAUAUCGGCCUCACCGGACCGGGCUGGGUGUAGCUUUAUUCCUCAAGGAUUUGUCAACUGUCUGUACACGACGCUGUUCAAGAGUUGCCCGGCUAGCGCUUGGACUGAGAGUGGCGACUGUCAGGCCUUGAAGACGAAGCUGAACAGUGGAUGUCCGUUUUUCCUGCUGAUGGGUCGUGGACCGAGACAGUAA